AUGUUUCUGUGGGAAGCUCUAGUUGGUGGCGUUACGGGGAUCCUUGGGUAUCUGGGCUUGUACAAAAAGUCGGGGAAACUUUUGUUCCUCGGAUUGGACAACGCCGGAAAAACAACUUUGCUACACAUGUUGAAGGAUGAUCGGAUGGCGCAGCACGUGCCCACGCUUCAUCCAACGUCAGAAGAAUUAUCCAUUGGAAAUAUGCGCUUCACCACUUUCGACCUGGGUGGCCAUCAUCAAGCUCGUCGCGUCUGGAAGGAUUAUUUUCCUGCCGUCGAUUCGAUAGUGUUUCUAAUUGAUGCAGCUGACAAAACGAGAUUUCCCGAGAGCAAAGUUGAGCUUGAUUCGCUGCUUACUGAUGAGCAGUUAGCAACUGUGCCAGUGCUUAUUUUGGGGAAUAAAAUUGAUAAACCAGGAGCAGCAUCAGAAGAAGAACUAAGGCAGUAUUUCGGGCUAUACGGCCAAACCACUGGACGUGGGAAAGUGUCGCGUGCCGAGCUUAGCGGAAGACCACUUGAGGUCUUCAUGUGUAGUGUGCUCAAGCGACAAGGAUAUGGCGAAGGAUUUCGAUGGCUAGCCCAGUACAUUGAUUGA